AAUUUGGAUACGUAUUAGGUUUCGUCCUUCACAAAUUAAUUAAAGAGUAUGAAACCGCACCCAUUGGGUCACGUUUCCACGGCUGCGAUCGCUCUCCAAGCUGCUGUGUUGGCGGCGUAAUUCAAUCGGUGCCUAACAAGGCCCUGAAGGACGACGCCAAUUCGUUCGCCUAUCUCGCCGUAUUCCGCCGCCUUCCCUCGCUCCCAAACCCUUUCUUCCAUGGAGAGUUUCCGGCACCACCGAUCUCCCAGCUCCGAACGAUUCCUCGCCCUCUUCUCCCCGCCGCCUCCCGACGACUCCAAUCCCACCACUGGCUUCGAGCUCCACGAGGCCGAAGUCCUCUGGACCUUCGCCCCCGACGACGCGGCCCCCCGGCCCGCCGCGACUGCGAACCCUAGCCGCACCCAUUUCCUCCCGCCCUCCGACCGCGCCGCUCUCCGCCGCCCUCUCGACCGGAGCUUCGGGAUCCUUGCGGCCCUGCCGGAGGACGGCUCCCCUGCCCCCGCCGUUGCCUCCCCCGCCCCUCUCCUCCAGCGGAAGCCCUCGAUCUCCUCCGCGUCCUCCUCCGCUUCCAGCACCCCGUCCUCUUCCUCCUCCUCCACCACCGCUGCGCGGAUGAUUUCGGCGAUCCCGAAGCCGAAGCCGGAGUGCUCGCUCUCUGUGCCGGCCGGGAGGACGCACCACCUGGCGCAGUCGCUUCCGGUCAACGUCCCGGUGGUCCCACGAAGGGCAAGGAGGUUCGAGAUGGAGGCCACGGAUGGUGCCGACGAUGGGGAUGGGCACGAGAUCAUGCCGCCUCACGAGAUCGUGGCGCGGACUUUUGGCAGGGAGUCGCCUAUGACGACCUUCUCUGUGCUCGAAGGGGCCGGUAGGACGCUCAAAGGAAGGGAUCUGCGGCGCGUACGUGAUGCUGUCUUUAGGCAGACAGGGUUUCUUGAUUGAUGCAGGAUUCCAGGUUAAGAUUGAUGUGAAGUAGCUAGGAGAUGGUGGGGAAAUUUGCCAUUAUACGCUACCAACCACAUCGAAACCAAAAGCAGAGGCAUUGAAUAGUAUACAGUUCUCAGAAUUGGAGAUUUCAAGGUAGAAGCAAUUGGAUUCAGAAAGGAUGGGUGGCAAAUGCUGAGAAGAAAUACCUCACAUAGUGACUGCCAUGUACUUGUGCAUGUGCAUUUAUUAGUAGUAUGUGCAGGGUAUGAUGGGAGGAAUUGAUGGACCUAUAUUUCACCAUCCCAAAAUUCUUAUGCUUUAGAAGUGGUACCAAAGGUUAUGAGAAGACUGGGCAAAAAUUGAUCUGGGGUCAAGCUGGCACCUACACUCUUGAGUGUCUUGAUGAAGUUGGAAAGAAGUGACACUAAUGCAAACAGUGCAGAGAACACUGCCAUCAUAUUAAUACCGGUUUAUGGGACGAGUUCGGACUCGAGUUUGUAGAGAGCAAUCAGCAACUAUUUUGCUAUCAACUUUCAGAUAACUGAUUUCAUUGACAUGAUGUAUGGAGAGAUGCUGAAUGCUUAUUAUCAACGCUAUUGUAAAUAUUCCAAGCCAUAGGUUGGCGCCGCUCACGUACCUCGACUCGUCGCCUCCCAAGUACGCCACCGCCUGCGCCACAUCCUCCGCCGUCGGCUUCACUCCCUUGAGGUUGGCCGAACUCUCCACAAACGCCUCCGUCGCCGCCUCAUCCAUCCCCACCACGCCCAUCAUCAGCGGAGUCAUCACCCCGUGCGGUGACACGCAGUUCACCCGCACCCCGUGCCCCCCCAGCUCCGCCGCCGCGCUUUUCAUCAGCCCCACCACCGCGUGCUUCGAGCAGACGUACGAGAGCGGCACCACCCCGCCCAGCACCGACGCUGUGCUCCCCGUGAUCACGAUGCUCCCCCGGCGAGCCGGCGCCAUCACCCGCGCCGCGUGCUUCGUCGCCAGGAACGCCCCCACCACGUUGACCGCCAUCACCCGCUCGAACUCCGCCUUGUCGCUGUCGGCGAGGCCCUUCCCGAACUCCCGCAAGGUGCCUGCGUUACUGAACAUGAUGUCGAGCUUCCCGUAACGGGCGACGGCGGUGUCGACGGCGUUCCUCAUGUCGGACUCGUCGGUGACGUCGCAGUGCACGUAGCAGGCAUCAGCGGUGCCGAGAAGGUCGCAGAGGGCGCGGCCUUUGUCGUCUUGGAUGUCCGCGAUGACGACUCGGGCGCCGUAGCGGACGAACAGUUUGGCGGUGGACUCUCCGAUGCCGCUCGCCCCGCCGGUGAUCACCGCAACCUUCCCUUCAAGUCUGACCCCAUAACAGAAGCACUGGUUUGUCACUUUCCGCUCGAUCUAUAAAUCUUUACAGUUUUAUUA